UCUUAUUUAAGGUUUGUUGUAUACCCAUAAGAAACCUUGGAAAGGGCACAAGAGAAGGAGAACACAAAAACCCCAUGACCAUGAGAGUAGUGAAUGGCAUUAAUCAGAGGCACAUGAAAUGAGAUGAAAACGAAAGCGGCCACCUCACUCACUCUCACUGUCAUUCACUGAUUGGGUCAAAAUUGUACACAACCCGACCCAUCUUCAUCCCUUCAUCCUAUCAUCCUAUCAUCCUAUCAUCCAAUGAUCAUGAUCGUCUAUCUACUACAGCAAAAUGAAAUCUGGAUAACACAGCACAAUCCAACCCUCCACCCAAUCCUCACACCCCACGUGGGAUAACACAGCACAAUCCAACCCUCCACCCAAUCCUCACACCCCACGUGGCAUAAAGUGCACUCUGUUACUAUCAAUCCUCUGGAUACCGAUCAAGAAGUGAAGAGUACCCUUUUCCCAAUGCUUUGCUUAGCUCAACUUAAUUUAAUAAUUCCCCAGCGGGUUCAAGCUGCUGCUGCCUCCUCUCUCUGUCUGUGUCUGUCUUUGCUGCCUCCUCGCCCAAAACACUUUCCCAUGCCAUACCCUUUCUUUUUAUCUCCUUUUCGCCCCUUCUAUUCAUUUUCUUCCCUUCCCCCGCAACCUAACUAGGUUUAGCAGUCAACUCACAGAAAGCAACAGCCUUUUUAGGAGAAAGAGAGAGAGAUGUGCAACAAGAAGAGUCCACCUCUUCCUCCUUCUGCUACUCCUACUUGUCAUGAUGAUGAUCCUGUGCAAACCAGCUCUAUGAUUCAUAAUAUCAUCAAGGAAGAACAACAAGAAACCUCCACAGACCCGGCAUCAGCUCACCGCAAAUCCAGAACCAAGACCAGGAAGCCCAAGUUCUUAAGCCUCCGAUCCCAACUCUCGCUCCCCAAGCAUGAUCACGACCAAGAUUAUUACACAGUACCAGAUUCGACCACUACAAAUACAAUGACCGCCGGUCAACGCCACCAGCUCAACCUCUUCCCACUCCACCCGGAAAACCUUGUCUACCACCAAGACAAAGCCGACAUGCAGGACGACAACGUGGCCUUACUCUUCCACUCAGACGGCGGAGCCACCCUCAACGGCCUCCUCACAUCCACCUCCACCGCCACGACCUCCACCUCGACAACCACCACAAUGUCAUCUGACCGAGAGGACCAAGAGUCGUUUUCCACCUACGCCUACUAUAACAUUGUACGGACGGCGAUGAGGAGCCGAGAGAGGGAGACGAGCGUGGAGAAGUGGGUGUGCUACUCGGAGCUGGUGGACAAGAAGGAGGAGGAGCCUCGUCGUGACGUGGAGGAGCGGUGGAGGAGCGGGACCUUGGCUUUGAAGCUUGAUUAUGAGGAGAUCUUGAAUGCUUGGUCUGAUAAGGGCCCACUUUGCAUUGAUGGGGACUCACUACAGACUGUUCCUGACCAGCUUUUUCAGCUCCAUGAUAACACUCCCAAUGGUGAGGGAUGUGAUGGGAAUUUAUGGAGGGUCCCAGGAGGAGAGGAUGAGAGCCUGAAAACGAAGAUGGGGAAAACUCAAAGAGAGGCGAGUGUAUUGAGAUACAAGGAAAAAAGGCAAAACAGGCUCUUCUCUAAGCGGAUCCGAUACCAAGUUCGAAAGGUCAAUGCCGAAAAACGACCCCGUAUGAAGGGUCGAUUCGUGAAGAAGAGAAGUUGAAGUUUUAAUCAAAGUGUAGAGAAUACGAGCGAGCGACAUGCAGAAUAUUAGCUAGCUAGAGUCCAGGAGGAUAGAUAGGUUUUUGGUGCUUCAACUAUCUAUUACCACUGCAUGUCUUUUUUGUUUCUCUUCCUAAUCUAUUUUGCUACCUAAUUGUUAAUUACGUUGCGCUUGCGCUUGAGAGAGAGAGAGAGAGAGAGAGAGAGAGAGAGAGGAAUAUGUUUCUUGCAUACAUAUAUAUAUAUGAUCAUCACAAUCCCAAUGCGACAUUAUAACCUGUAAAUUAAAUGUUGUUUAUAUAUGUAGCGGUCUAAGCAUGCAAACAA